UAAACGCAUAGUUGUUUCAAAAGACUUGGUGUAGCUUCUUAAAGAUCAUUAAAAAUUGAAAGCAAAAUGUUUUUCAAAGUUGCCAUAACCAUUCUUUCUCUCAUAAUUUUUUGUUCAUUAUGCGAAGCAGGAACACCAGUUAGAAGAUGUUCAGGAAAUCAUCCAUUGCCAUUGGAUGUUCAAAUUGAAGACUGUCAAAGUUUACCAUGUGAGGUAACCAAAGGAAGGGUAAAUAAAAUGGACAUGCAAUUUGUUGCAGUUACAGAUGAAACAUAUUAUUUGAAAGCUGAAAUACAUGCAACAGUAUUAGGAAUUACAGUUCCGUUUAUUCUUAGUCCUGAAGCUGCAAAUGUUUGUGGCAAUCUUAUGUAUGGAGCAUAUUGUCCUUUAUAUGCUGAAGAAGAUGUCACUUAUCACAUAGAUUUGCCGAUAGAAAAUAAUACUCCAGAACUUAAUCUCAGAUGUCAAGUAAGGAUUGUGGAUAAGAACAAAGAUGUAGUGGCAUGUUUUGUUACUGAUUUGAAAGUUAGAAAAGAAAGACAAUAAGGUGUGUUUGUGUAUUUUCUUAGAAUAAUAUAGAUUAAU